AUGAGUUUUCUGCAGCUGGAAGAAGGGAAGCCAGAAUUCCGACGUGCUAUAUCUCGGGCUGGAUCGCGAUCUUUUGAAUCCAGAAAAGAACUAAGCGAGUUGCCCUCGUUACCUACUUUGAACAGCAUAGAGCAUGAAGAACCUGCGCCUACUACGGAAGAAGUACCCGAUCAGCCGUAUGUGGAAUUUGAUCUUAGUCGUUCCGAGCAGACUCCUUAUGAAGAUAUUAGUUUGACGCAACGAUAUGUCUCCGGUCUCGAGACGAACGUAUCUCGUUUGUCCGAUGAUGCUCCUACUUUAGUUCUUGAGCCAUCGAAACCAAAGACCGAAGAGGACGAUUUUUUCAAAGGGGAAACCUCCGAUUGGAAAUCAAUGAAAAAAGUGACAGAAGAGAAUUUCUAUGACGAAAUGGGAAACCUAAGAAUUCACAAAAGGAUGAAGACUUCCAAUCUUUUCAAUGCGAAAGGCGGCAGGAGGAUAUACUAA